AUGGCGAGCGUCCAGAGGGCGUCGUUCUUGCUCCAGGUCGUCCGGACCUCGUCGCGCUCGCGCUCGCGCAAGCGCGAGGAAGCAGGCGCCUUCUCCGCCGUCGCGCCGUGGCGGCAUCCCGUCUACGGCGGCGGCGGCAGGUUCCAGCCGCCGCGGCCGGCCAAGCUGCUAGACACCAUCGUCGAGGAGGACAGCUCCAGCGUCGUCAGCAGCAUGGCGGCGCACGACGCCGGCGGCGGCGGCGGGUACUUCCUGCAGGGCGGGGCUUCCUCUUCGUCAUCAUCAAGCUCGGUUCCUAAGGCCUUCCGCUUCGCCUCGGCGGCGGCCGGCGGCGGCGCGCAGCAGAGCCGUUGA